UUACUGCUGUGAGUUUUCCUUUUCUCCUUCAAGCAGGAAAACCAUGUUCAGUGUUUCAGGAGUCUGACAGCUGACUUCAUAUGUUUGACCUGUGCUUGAAUCACAGCAGUGACAGUCCCACCUGUGUUUGACAGCACACACACACACACAUACACACUCUGAACCUGCAGGAGGACAGCUGGAUUUCUCACAGAUUAUUUUCACAAUGACGGUUGAAAUGUGGCUGCUUGCCGUUUCGGCGCCGCUGCUUCCCGCCAUCGUCGCCGUGUCCAGUCGCUACGGCGACAAAGUUUCCACGCUGUGUCACCGAGCCGUGGCCUGGCUGCUGAGGUUGGUGCGAGGCGGCGUGUGCGCGAGGAGGACACACGCCUUUGUCUUCUCCAGCUGCACACACGGCAACGUCCACAGCGUCCUGGAGACCUUUGACCUCUACGCUGACGCUCACGCCUCUGCAGCCAUUGGCCCAGAGACUGGUGAGGUGUUGGAUGACGUGGUGAAGCGUGUCCGUCCGUCCCGAGUGUUGGAGCUGGGGACUCACUGUGGCUACAGCUCAGUCCGCGUGCUGCGUCUGCUGCCCCCUGCUGGCAGACUGGUCACAGUGGAGCUGGACCCUCUCACGGCAGAUUUGGGAGAGGAGAUCAUCCUGGUGGCAGGUUUCAAACACGCUCAGUUCCAGGUGUUGACGUCCAGCUCAGGCGAGGUCAUCCCCACACUGCACUCGGUUCUGGAACCCGCUCAGAAGAGCAGUGAUGGCUUCAGCCUGGUGCUCAUGGACCACGAUGCACAGCAGUAUCUCCCAGACCUGCUGGCUCUGGAGGAAGAGGAGCUGCUCUGCUCCUCCGGCUGCUCCGUCCUGCUGAUCAACAGGAGACAAAGAGCCGAGGAUCUCAGGGAGAUCCUGGAUCAUGUCAGAGUGAGAUCAGACUGCUUCUGUGUGAAGAUGGAGCGUCCGUGCAUCGUGGAAAUCUUUUACCAGAAGAACAUGGAAGGAAUAUAAAGUCUGGGGAUUUUAAAACACAGUUUAUACAAACUGGUAAAUAAAUAAAAAUGUUUUUUUGUCUUUG